GAUCUUUUUUAUACAGUUUCGAUUAGCGCGCUUUCAGUCACAGUUCCAUAUCGUUCCUUCUGUCACAGAAAAUAGUUCAAAUCGUUGCGCGAACAUAACCUAUAAUUUUUUAACUUGUGGCUACUGCCGCGUAACGAUUUAGUGAAACAGAACGAUUGAUAGUUCAAAAUGAAGCCAAUAAAGUGUUAUUCAAUUUAACGAAGUCAAACUUCCGUCGGUAACCAGCUGUUUUGUGCCGUCGUUCCCUUUUUCCUUUGGCUGCCUGACCGGCCACCCGAAAGAUGUUCCGAAUUGGAUUAAAAUUUCCGUGCAACGGUCUAACUAGGGUACGUAAAGUCAAAAAACAUGGAUCCUCCAGACUCUAUUUGACAACUAGGUGUUAUGAGACACGUGCACGAGUUAAAUGUGAGCCCGAAUGGAGGUUGUUCAAGGAUGUGAAACUUACAUCCAGAUAUUCUGGACAUAGAUACUCAACUGAUUCCACAAAAAGUGAAAAGGGUCAAGGCUCAAAGACACUCUUAGCCUUGACUGCUGUGGCAAUAGGUGCAUCAGGAAUAUUGCUGUAUGCAAAACACAAUCCAGUAUUUCGUGCCAAUCUUGAAGGAUAUAUACCAGGUGUAGAUAAAACGAUUCAGAUCAUCUUUCAGGAGGAAUCAUCCUAUUUUGAGUUUAUACAAACAUUCUUUGAAACGCUUAAACAAACAAUACUAAGUGCAGUUCUUGGAGAUAAAGCAGAUAAAGUAUCAGGUCAGAAAAAAUUAGAUUGCACUAAACCUGAAGAUUAUAUACCACCAAAGCCAGCUUUUGUUCCUCUGGUUGACAAGCAGGAACCACCUAAUAAUGAACCUUAUGCCGAAAUAAGGUUAAGUAAAGAGAAAGGAGAAGCAAUUGAAGUUGUGGCUGAGAAACCUUCACCUCCUGUUAAGGAUGUACCUGAAGAGUUAAUGCCAGCAAAUCUGGUGGAACUAGAAACAUCGUCCGGUGUAACUGCAUCUAAAGCCAUAGCAGCUUAUCAGAAAGCAUCAUGCGCUAUUCAAGAUUAUAAUCAAGAUGUAAUUAAGGUUGUAGAAAGUGCUAGUACCACUGCUAAUACCGCUCUCUGGAACAGACUGAAGGAAGCAACAGAAAAGAGAGCAGCAGCCGUUAAAGAAGCAGAAGAGCAUGCUACCCAAGCUUUAAAUUCGCUCAAGAAAAUGUACAAUUUAAUCGAUGAUCCUAAAUUCGACGCGCCGUCACAUAUGAAAACAGCUGCCAGAAGAAACAUCAAAAAGAUCCUAGACGACGUUGACGAAGCGAAAAAGAAGUACGAGGCGGAGGUCGAAAGCGGUAACAUCACCGAACGUUACUGGAAACAGGUUAAAACAGCUCGUGAAAACCUGAACGAGGAAUUACAAAUCCUGUUCCCCGAAAUCAACAUUCAUAAUAAAAAACUGGCCAUUGACGAGAACUCCUUUGAUCUGUUCGUCCUACACAUGUACAAUAAAGUAAACAACCUCCAAAAGGAACUAGAGAAACUACGGACCGUGCACGAGAACAGACUGAGAGCAGCGCUCAGGUCGUCCGGCGAUGUGGCGAGUCAGGAACAGUUGGACAAGCUGGUGUGUCUGGAGUUGGAGAAGGAGAAGCUGAUCCUUCAAGACGAAUUCAACAAAAAGUUGCUGGAAGAGCAGAAGAAGUUCGACGACGAAAUGCGACGACAACUGAAGCUGCAAGAACAGGUGCACACGGACCACGUGCAAGAGAUACUGACAUUGAAGGAACAAGAAGCCGAGAGGCAGCUGAAGCAAGCCCUCAGCGAGCAGUCCGAACAGGACGCGAUGCUGCACAAAGCGCAGCUGGCUGCGGUCGUAGGCAGGUUACAGGGCCUGGAAACUGCGCUGAACGCGCGUUUGGAAGAAGAGAAGGCGGCGUCGAACGCACAGAUUCUUUGGUCGGCUUGUCAGGCGCUGGCACGAGCUAUUAAAAAUGCGCCGGUUGGAGCGAACGUGGAGGAAGUUAUCAGACCACUGGAGCCGGAAAUCAAAGCCGUCACUAAAGCUGCACCCAAGGAGGACCCACUGGUGCUGGCAGCCAUCGGAGGCAUUCCCGAGGAGGCUGCAAAGAGGGGUGUGUUCCCCGAGGACAUCCUCCGUGCCAGGUUCCUCAAGGUGGAAGAGGUGGCGAGACGAUUGGCCCUGGUGCCCGAGGAGGGUGCAGCGUUGCCUAUCUAUUUCCUUAGCUAUCUUCAGAGCUUCUUGAUGAUCAAGAACGCCAGCCCCAUUCCUCAGAGCGAGAUCGAGGACAACCCCAUCGACGUCGACUCCCUCAACACCUACGACAUUCUUCACCGAGCCAGGUAUUGGCUGGAUAGGGGCAACUUCAAGAUGACCCUCCGCUACAUGAACCUGUUAAAGGGCGCGCCAAAAUCGGUGGCCAAGGAUUGGAUGAACGAGACGAGGAUUCUUCUGGAGACCCAACAAGCCGUCGACACCUUAUUGGCUUACGCAGGUGCAAUAGGUUUGGUGUUCCUCGGUGCCGGAGACUCGAAGUGUUCCAGCCCGUCUGGUCUCGCGAAAGCGAAGCGUCCGCGGCGUCGCGUGAGACUAACGCGAGCGCAGCGAAGAGCCAUCGCGCGGAUUCGCGCGAUCGUAAGACAACGAAGACGGACGGGAACGUUCUCUUACGAGAGCAUUCGACGAACAACGCGCGGAAUUUUCAACUGGUGGAUAGACGGGGAAGAGACGAAGAACCACGCGGACAGAUUCGAGAUUUAUUUGCGGCUGAACGGGGGUUGCGGAGAGAACAUUUUUUUGGUUUGUAACAUACCGCAGGUAUCGACUUAACCCUGAUCACGUUAUUGUAUAAUAAUUACUGUAUAAUUUGUCGAGGAAGCUACUCGAUAUUACGGUUUAUUUAAGGUGAACCCUUAGCAUCUAGGGUGAGCGCUUUAGCAUCUAUGUUCUUAGAAAUCACUGCGUGACUCUUUGAUACAUUAUUUUUAGACUCUUCGAAAAUACGGAUAGAGAUUUUUAUUUGGAUUUUUAGAAUAUGGUGUAUACGAUUUUUAGUAGUUAAAUAAAUUUGCUUGAAAAGUACGGUGGAAUAUUUUGCGAAGUGCGAAUGAAUGUGUAGAAAUGAGAAAAUUUAUUUGUGUUAUGUAAAUCACACCCUCGUGUGAUUUGAUUUGUUGACCUCUUGCGAUGAUUUCAAAUAAUCGGAAAUUCUUUGAUAAAACGUGUUUAACGUUUUUAUAGAAUUAGAAUAUUUGUUAGAAUUUGUGUAUAACGGAAAUAAUUUGUAGCGAUAAAACGAUGAGUCAGAAGGGUUAAGAGAAUUGAUAUCGCAUAGUUUGCAAUUCAAAUCGAAAAGGUGCGCCAAGGGAAAUCGAAAGAGCCAUCAGCGUUAAAAUUAAUUGAAAAAUAACACAAGAGCCGCGAAUUUCGAACGAACGCAGCGAAAACGAGACUUUCCGCAAACUUUUCCCGGUGAAAAAUAAAAAGAAAAGCCUGGAUUCGCGAGCCAGCAUAUCAUCCGUUUUAUUUUGCGUUCGUGCCAGUUAAUCCUGGAUUUGCCGCACGAAGGCGUCGCCAUCUGGGCCCGUGUGUGACCCCGUUUCUAACGAAAAAACCAAGAGCUUUUAAAAAGGUCUCCACUAAAUCCCACCUGAACUAUUCCCAACAUUGUCGCAAUCUUUUGCUUCGUUCCUGAAGGCUGUACGAUUAUUUGUAUCUCGAUGAUUAUUCCAAAUUUUAGGUGUGUUCACUUUUGCAAUUGGAAAUGAUUUUUGUCACAGCGACUGUUAUGGUGAGGAUUGGUUUAGUUUUUGAAGAUUGGAAAUUGGGAAUUGGGAAUUUUAGAGGUGGGGUGAUUUUGAGAUUUUGGGGUGACUUUUGGGUUUUCAAGGUUUGAAAUUGAUUAAUAAGUGGAUUCCUGUGUUACAAAUUCUCAAGUUUUCAAAUUCCUACAUUCCCCAAUUU